CACUGCCAUUGUAAACAGAACGUUAUGAAUGUGUGAUAUAUCGUGUAGAUGGGGAGAAUAGGGACUACUCCAGGGCAAUUCACACAUUAUCGUCCGUUUUGUGACAGCUAUUGUUAUAUUUAUAUUUGUAUCGAGUGCCUUAACAUUUGUUUGGUUCGUCGGUUAUCUUAUCAGCGGGAGUGUCGGAGUGGCUGGGACUGUGGAACAAUUGGAACUGCGAUAAGCGCCCCAGAAUUCCAACUGUUCGCCUGCUAGCCAGUCAGUUGAAAUCGGAGCUGCCUGCGAAUUAUCCACUAUCCAUGACCGACCGGCAAUCGAGCCUCUGAUACUGCGUCAUCCAAACGGGAGAGAUCGGUCAAGGAAAAGUGUUAAUCGGAAGCCCAAGAAGUGAUUUGUGGUCAACUUGUGUUGCUGCUGUACAAGGUGUUGCUUUAGCAGUUGCAACUUCUUUAGACAACACUGAACCAGGCGGCGGAAAUUUACUCUUGACAAGCGGAAGAGUUCUACACUGACGUCACUUGCCACCAGGGGGAAGUGAGGAAGGAGGAGUAGGGCUCUCCACUGGUCAGCUGCCUCACCCUUUGGCGAUAAGACCAAGAGCAGCCAAUCGAAAAGAAGUGGGAAGGGAACACGAUAAACGAUCCCAGCAUCAUGCAGACGACGACAAGUCAGCGGCCAGUAACGCCUGGCACUCCAGACUCGGCACAUAUCGUAAUCGGUGCUGCUGGAUUUGUGGCCCACGAGAGACGCCAACCCGGAAAGACCCUGAUGAAUUGCUUUCGUGAUCGCUCCACGACAUCGUCGCAGGCCCAACAUGCCUAUGCGCGUGGCCAUAGCGUUACCUCGGGCACACUGUUUCGCCUGGAGGGCAAUGGCGGUUCCAAUUGCACCUUGGAUAAAGUUGGAAAACAGGAUACAGGGCGUCCCGAGGCGGUCGUUCUUCUUAGAGAGCUAAAAUCUAAACCCAAUAAGCUGGCUCUACUUAAGAGCAGCAGUACCAGAGAUCUAACCCGCCUGUUCCUGGAUGAUUCGACCAACACAGCCGUGCUGGUGUCCAAUACAAGUCUAGAUGUCUGCUCCUCAAAUUCCAGUUCCGGUGGCAGUCCGGCGGUGGGCAGAUCCAGAGGCAGAGAACGCCAGAGUGGAGUAGAAUGCUGCAAUAGCUGCUCUAAGCGCUGGCAUGACCUUAAGCAGCGUAUGCACACCCUUGAGCAGGAUCUGCUAGUCCAGACCACCUACAGCCAGGAAUUGGAGCAGAAAGUGGGUGAAAUGAGUCGCCAGUUGGGAGAACUGCUCCAGGAACGGGACAGGGACAAGCAGGAUAAACAACGCUCACCAGGAACAGGUGGUAGUGGAGGAUCUGGCAAGCGUAAUCACCAUCCCGCAGGCAGUCCCAAUGUCCGACCUUCGCGCCUGGUGGCCUGGAUGAAUCUAUCCAAUUGGUUUAAGAGCAGACCCAGCGUGGAGACCCUGCGAGAACAGCGCAUCUUUUUCGACGAGCCCUGCUUCGAUACGGAACUGGAGUUGGUUUUGAAGCACGAACAGCACCGCAAUGUGCCCCGUAUUGUGGUCGAUUGUUGUGAUCUCAUUGAGAACAAGUACCGCAGGUCCACGCAGCCCAUUGAGGGCAUCUACCGGCAGUGUGGCGAUUACAAUAAAAUCCAAACACUGCGCUUCAAUAUCGAUGCCAAUGACUAUGAUGCAUUGCGUCAGACGGACGUGGAUAUACACACGUUGACUGGAGUGCUGAAACUUUUCCUGCGCGAAAUCAAGAGUCCGCUAGUUAGUGUCAACGAAGCCAAGACCUUUAUUGGACAGCCGAAUCAGUGGCUGCUAACCGAUCUUUCCGUCAAACUGGAUACCCUUAAAAGGCUGAUACGCUCGCUGCCGGAGACCAACCGCGACACUAUGGACUACAUCUUUGCGCAUUUUAAUAGAUUAACCAAGGUGCCGCUGCAACAGAUCAGCGCCGAGACGCUGUCCAUCUCAGUGACGCCCACGAUUUUCCACACAGUGCCGCAGGGCAUCCACAUACAGGACAUUCAGCAACUUCUACGCGAAGGUGAAACUCUGGCUGACUGCGUCAAACUGAUGAUCGAGUACCAGGGGCGUAUAUUCGACUGCUUAAAUCUCAUCAAAACUGAUCCCUUGUGCCGUUGUCUCGAACGCUUUGCUAACCACACGAAAUUGAACCUGAACCUGAAUCCGAACCCACUGUACCUGCACCUCCAAUCCUCCAUUCCCAACGAUCCCCUCGUCUACAGAUGCACCGCAGAUCGCCGCCGCCUGAGCAUGCGCAACCUGAAGAAGACUCUUUCGCAACCGGAUCUGCUCUUUCAUAAUUUCUUCUGAUCUGACCGGAUGACACUGAUCCUUUGGAUCCAUAGGACUGCCUUUAUUCCAUCAUGCCAGAAGGAGAGAGAGAGCACUGUACAUAAUGAAUGACUUUAGGCACUUAAGUUUACUAACCUAACCACAUGCAGGCGUAUUAACAACUAUGUCCUAAUAUUUUUUUAUACAGACUUUUUUUUAUUCUUUAACUAACUAACGUUUAUAUUUAUGUUUAAUAAACUGAAAGGCCUUCGCCUUUAUAGAGUGUAUAAGUGAAAUAUUUAUAUCAUUGCAAAGACUUUGAAAAGCUUAAUGGCGCUCAGUUAUAUUACAAAAUAAAGUAGUUUACAUUUGAGUACCCCAA